AUGGGUUCGAUGACGGAUGCUAUUAGCUUGUUAGAUUACAGGUUUGAAGGCCAAGCCGACAAGGAUGAACUUGGUAGAGCAUGCAAAGUCGCUUGUUGGUGCAUUCAAGAUGAUGAGAAGGAUAGGCCAACCAUGAGGCAGGUUGUUCAAGUUCUCGAGGGAGUUUCAGAUGUUGGUAUAUCCCCAAUGCCGUGGUUCCUCCAGCGCCUUACAGAACUUCCAAUAGAAGCCAUUAAUUACGAGAAGACCACUUCCGGUUCAGAUUCGUUUUCUUGCACUGAUGUCCCAAGUGCAUUUCAACCUCAAAUUAGAAGCUGUUCAAAAGAAAUGUAA